AUGACUUCGUGUUUUUUAUCGAUGGUGACGACCAAAUCGUCGUCCUUCUCGAGUUUGUUGAUUUUGAUCCUCCGCGUGGAGGGGAAAUCCGGGAGCCGAGGUAACGCCGCCCCUUCCGCCGACGAUGUGAAGAACAUCCUCUCCUCCGUUGGAGCUGAAGCUGAUGCCGAUAGAGUUGAGCUUCUUUUAUCGCAAGUGAAGGGAAAAGAUAUUACAGAGCUAAUUGCUGUUGGACGUGAGAAGCUGGCCUCUGUACCUUCUUGCGGUGGUGUCGUUGCAGUUGCCACAUCAGUAUCUGGCGGUGCAGCUGCUCCAGCUGUGGUGGAGACUAUGAAAGAAGAGAAAAUGGAGGAGAAAGAGGAAUCAGAUGAUGAUUUGGGCUUCAGCCUCUUCGACUAG